AUGUCUGACUUUUUGACUGAUGCUGGCCUAGAAUCUAUUAUGAAUUUACCCGAUAAUGAGUUCAAUGCAUACAUUGAUGUCCUUGAUGGGGAGAUAUCAGAUGUUGGGGACGAAGAUAAAGAAGAAAAUGUCGAAAUUGAUGAAAGUUCUCAAGCUAUUUCCGAAGCAGCUGUCAUGAAUUUAAUUCAGAUGGUGGAAAAGGAGGAUGCAGCUGAAAUUUCGGCGAUUAGAGUGGAGCAAGAGACAGAAUAUGAAUUUCCAAAGGCUGAUGCAGUCAGGAGUGGUAAAGUUAUUGAUUCUCAGCCAAAAUCAGAUGUAAGUGACAACAAUACAAAUGAAGGAGCACCGUCUACACUUGAGCAGCAGCAGCAGCAGCAAAAAGAUUCAGUUUCGUUGCAGACGAGCAAAAAUGAAAUGGAGCAGUUUGUUGGUAUUUUACUGCACAUGGGGAUAAUCAAAAUGCCUUCCAUUCAUUUAUACUGGUCGAAUGAGUGUAGAUAUUCACCAAUAGCUGAUGUGAUGAGCAGAACUCGCUUCUUCCAGCUACCAUGGUAUUUUCAUGUUGUCAAUAAUCAAGACUUGCCUGAAGCUAAUAGUAAUCGUGACAAACUCUUUAAGAUUCACCCACUUUUAUCUGCAUUGCAGUCGUCAUUGAAGACACUCCCUCCAGAAGAAUACCAAGCUGUUGAUGAACAGAUAAUACCAUUCAAGGGUAGAAUCGGUUUGAAACAGUACGUAAGAAAUAAGCCUCACAAGUGGGGCUACAAAUCUUUUACGAGAGCUGGUCCUUCAGGCAUGAUGUAUGAUUUUGAAAUUUAUGUUGGCAAAAACACCUGCAGUGAUAGAGGAUUAGGUUUGACUGGGGAUAUUGUUUUGGCAUUGACGGAAACAUUGCCAGAGAAACAGCAUUUCAAAGUGUUUGCUGAUAGUUGGUUUUCGUCUAUACCAUUAGCCAUUGCCCUGAAAGAAAGGGGUAUUGAAUUCUGUGGCACUAUCAGGACAGACAGGAUGGGAAAAUGUCCAUUGAAAACUGAAGUGGAGCACAAGAAAACUGGACAUGGCUCCUGUCACUGGAGAGUGGAGGCAACAAACAAUGUAGCUUUAGUACGCUGGUUUGACAGAAAAUGCAUAAAUUUCGUGUCAACAUAUGCUUGUGUUGAGCCCAUGGCAACAUGUAGACGCUAUUCUGCAUCUGAAAAUAAAUUCAUUGAUGUACCUAGACCUUACAUAGUGGAAAAGUACAACAAACAUAUGGGGGGCGUGGACCUUGCUGACAUGUUGAUAGAGCUAUACCGUAUCAACUAG